AUGUCAAUUAUCUUAUUCUAUUUAACACUUUUAUCAUUUUCAUUAACACAAGCAUGUGAUAUGUUCGUUGGUAUGACAUGUACAUGUUAUGAAUCAAUUGAUAUACGUUGUACAAUGUCAAAAUUAACUCCAUUAACAUUUAUAUCAUCAUAUGUAAACAAAAAUUUUCAAUCAAUUGAUUUAAAAUUUAAUUCAGAUGAAAAUAUUCAACUUGAUUCAGAUUAUUUUAUUUUAUUAAAUCAAUUAUUUACAAAUACAACACAAUAUUCAUUAACAAUAACAUUACGUUUUCAAAAUUUUUAUUCAUUUUAUGCUAAAACAGGUACAUUUCGUAAUUUAUUUAAAGGAAUAAAUACUCCAUAUUCACGUUUAAUUAUUGAAUUACAUCCAUUAAAAGCUAAAUCAAUUAUAUUUGAUCAUAAUACAUUUGAUAAUAUUCAUGUUAAUGAACUUUCAAUUUAUGCUGAUUCAUUAACAUCAUCAUUUGAAUCUAUAUUUAAUAAUACAAAUAUAAUGCAUUUAAAUAUUGAAGGAGCUACUGUUACACAUGAUCCAUUACUUUUAUCAAAAUUUACAGGUCAAAUUCAAUCAUUAAAAGUUACUCGAAUGAUUGAUAUAGUUAAUAGUGAAGAAUUUCCACCUUUUCCAGUUCAAUCUUAUACAAUUGAAGCUCAUAAAAUGAGAAAAUUAGAUGCUUUAUCAUUUUUAAAUUAUAAACAAUUAACUGGUUUAAAUAUAGUUCAACCAGACGUUUCAAUUACACCGAAAGUUUUAAAUGGUUUAGAAAAUUUAUCUAACUUACGAUCAAUUUCUUUCGAUGCUGAACGUAUUGCAGAUGGUGCAUUAAAAUAUGUAAAACAUAUUCAAACAUUAAUUCUUGGUUCAUAUUUAAAAAUGUUAGAUAGUGAAAGUAUAAAUUCUCUUAUAUCUUUACAACAAUUAGAUGUACGUUAUGUACAAUUUUCAACAUUACAAGCUAAUACAAGUUGUGCUUUAGCUGAUUAUAUUAAUCGAAGACGAAUGUUAGGUUUAACCGUUUAUUUACCACAAGAAAAUAUUGAUUGUGAUUGUAUAUUAGUUUUUCUUAAUAAUAUGAUUGAUGAUGGUUUACAAUCAAUAAAAUGUCAAUCAAUAAAUAAUGAUCGUUGUUUAUUUUCAUCAUGUUCAAUUGUAUCAGAAUAUUUUACACGUAAACAAAAAGAAAAUGAAAUAAUUCAAGUUAAUACACCAUCUAUAAUAACACCAUCAAUUGUAUCACCAUUAAUUGAUUUUAAUGAACAAGAUUCACAAUUUUAUUCGAAUUCAAAAGAUGAACGAACAACUAUUAAAAUUUAUAUGGAACCAAAUAUUUAUGAUGAUGAUGAUGAUGAUGAAGAAAGUUUUACGAGUACUCUAAGCACAAUAACAACAACAGCAACAACAACAACAACAACAUAUUUCAUUAAUCCCGAAGAAUCUGUUAAUCAAUUUUCAACACCAUUGAUGAAACGUCUUAUUCCUGAAGCAAAAACAUAUGGAUCUACAAAUUAUUUAAUUGUAUCAUGGAUUCCAUUUGCUAUAAUAGCAUCAUGUCUUUUUCUUUCAUUAGUUAUUGCUAUGGUUAGUUAUAUUAUUUAUCAUAAACGACAUACUGUUUCAUUUAAACUUAUUCCACAAACAUUACCUAUUAUUUGA